AUGCAGGUGCAGAAGCAAUCUUCAGGUUGUGCGUCGAGUUGUACCAAACCAGUCACUUCAUAUCAAUUUGGCCUUUGGAACAGCAAGGUUUCCUUGGUUCUUGCUGUGGGUGUUCCAUUGAAGGCACACAUGUGUGGUCCCUUGUUGUGCUUCAGGCCGAUCACUGCUGAGGAUGUCAAGGCAGCAGCUGUAGUAAUCACAAGGGCAUUUGCAGCAACACCAGAAGGUGUGCCAGUGGCAGAUGUCAGGUAUGCAACGCAGCCACAUGCUGCACAGUUUUCCUCCAUGCACACACAUCCGGGCAUGCAUGAAGUGCUUGAAGUACAUUGCUGGAAUCUGUUAGGCACCUGCUUGGCCAAAUGUCCUGAUGGCAACUUGAUGCAGUCGCAACUUACUAAUGUGUCAGUUAUUUAG